AUGGCGCCGACCUUGCGAGCGUUGGUGGCAGCGGCCGCUCUCUUCCCCUUGGCUUGCGUUGCCGUCUUUCCCUCCGUCGAAAACCCACACGGCAAAGCCAGAUCGUCUCGCUCACUGGAACAAGUCCUGGCGGAUAUCGUAGGGGGACCGCUGAGGGAGAAAUGGAUCGUUCUCGUGGUGGAUCCUUCAGCUGAAACCAUAAUGCCGUUGGACAGGAUUAUUCGAGCCCUUUAUGAUUCGGACCAGACGCCGCCGCUGCUGAUUUUUAAGGCUGAGGGCAAGUGGGACGAUCGCCUUCCUCCUCCCGAGGAUCUGAGGGGGAGGUUCGCCUUCAUUCUGGUCGUCGGGAGUGAACCCGAGUGGCUGGUGGAUGUGUCUGACGUGUGGACGCCGGCGAUGCUCCUUGUGGUCAACGUGAACGCUUCCUACGACGCCCGGCCUCUCCUGGAGCUGCCCUUGAUUCAGCGAGCCAUAAGCCUUGCUCUACUCGAGGCUUCCGACGACAAAGGAACGGUGGAGUUCCUCCUCUUUACCUCAAGGCCGUUUUCGAGGGAUCCCGAAGGGGGUCGCCGCAUGAAGUUAUUUCUAGGAUCGUGGGAUGACCAGCUUUUCUCCACAAUAGAUGCCCUUUUCCCAGAGCGAUUCGAGACCUUCGGCGGCGAGGUCUUGCACGUAGCCUCGGACUACGACGACUAUCCUCUCAUCUACGAGACAGACGACGUCGACGGCAUGAACAUCCUUAUCCUGAAGGCGCUCGGGGACUGGCUUAACUUCACCUUCACGACCACCAGCGUUGCGUCCGACGACCUGUGGGGCAGCUUGGAGAACGGCACCUGGACCGGCCUCUUGGGGGACGUGUACCGCGGCGAAAAGAACAUCACCGUCAACUACUUCACGGUGGUGUACGAAAGGGCGCGAGACUUCGACUACACCGCCACUUACUUCACGGAGGGAUUCGGCUUCGCGCUCCGAGUCCCGCCGCCCUUGCCCGCUUGGAGGAACCUCUUCCUGCCCUUCACCCCCCUGCUGUGGGCGUCCGUCGUGGGGGCCGUUGUGCUCACCACGCCAGUCAUCUACCUCCUGAUCCGGGCGACAGAGGGCACCACCUUCACGGAUGUUGCGAUUCUCGUGUUUAAGAGCUUGGUUCAGCAGAGUUCUUCCACGGUGAGCAAGAAGGGGGCGGCCAGGCUGCUCGUGGGCGUGUGGUGGAUUGGGGGCCUAAUCCUGGCGCUAUCCUACACCGGUAAUCUAAUCGCUGUCCUCACUGUACCUGUCUUUCCGUCGCUUAUCUCCACCAUUGAGGGAUUGGCCGAUAGUAAUUUCAGAGUGAGCAUGGUCGACUACGGCGAGUUCGUCCCCGAGGCCCUGGCCACGUCCGCCGACCAGUACCUGAAGGCCCUCGGCGACCGCAUGGACCUCGUCGAGAACCAUCCUGACGACGAGAUCAGUUACAGGCAGCUGCUGGAUCUGUUGCUGGAAGGACGACACGCCAUCACGGAGACUUAUUCGAACAUGCUCGCUGACGACGAGCAAGGGCGCCGCCACACGUACGUCCUCCGCGAGCAGAUCUACACGGGCGCCCUGGCCUUCUUCCUGCCGAAGCACACGCCGUGGACGCCCCGCCUCGACCGGGGCAUCCGGCGGCUGGUGGAGGCGGGGCUGGUCGACAAGUGGUACGCGACCCUCAUGGGGGACAUGGCGGCGGGCGGCCUCCAGCAGCAGCAGCAGGGCACGGGCGAGGAGAAGGCGCUCACCAUCUCCAAUCUGCAGGGGCCCUUCCUCGCCCUGGCCCUCGGGCUCGGCCUCGCCUCGCUCGCCUUCCUCCUGGAGGUCAGCCUCCACAGGCAGGCGGCGGCGGUGGAGGCCCAGCGAAGCGGCGUGAAGGGAUAG